AUGGAUGUGACUGUCAAGGAACUUCAAUCUGAGCUAGCAGAAAAGGAGGAGGAAAUUCGAAGACUGAAGCAGUUGUUAAAUAUGAGAGAGGACCAGGAGGAACGGCUGAAAGUUUACAUUUCUCCAGAAGUGGAUGUCGGAGAUAAGACGUAUCAUGAAAGACUUUCCAAUGCAGAUAUUUCUCGCUAUAGCCGUCAGCUGAUUCUUCCUGAAUUUGGAGUUACAGGACAGAUCAAGUUGAAAAGUUCCUCCGUCCUGGUGGUGGGUGCUGGCGGUCUUGGAUGCCCUGCUGCUAUCUACCUGGCUGCCGCAGGAGUAGGAAAGCUUGGAGUUGUGGACUACGAUGAAGUUGAAUUGAGCAACCUGCACAGGCAGAUCCUUCACACUGUCGAUCGUGUGGGUGUGUCAAAAUCACUGUCUGUAGCACAGUCAUGCUUUAGGCUAAAUCCCAGUGUCCUGUAUAUACCAUACCAGCUACAGUUAAACAGCACAAAUGCACUAGACAUAAUUAAGAGUUACGAUGUGGUUGUUGAUGCCACGGACAAUGUAGCAACUCGUUAUCUCUUGAAUGAUGCGUGUGUUCUGGCCAACAAACCUCUCGUUUCAGGAAGUGCCCUCAGAUUUGAAGGGCAGCCCCCGCCACCAGAAACUGUUACCAACUGCUCAGAAGGUGGUGUCUUAGGUGUAGUUCCUGGUAUUAUUGGUUCAUUGCAAGCUUUAGAAGCCAUUAAAAUUGCUUCGGGAAUGGAACCAUCGUUUUGCCAGAGAUUACUUCUCUUUGAUGGUCUGGAUGGAACUUUCCGCAAUAUCAAGCUGCGAUCUAGGUCCAAAUCAUGCAGUGUGUGUGGAGAGAAGCCUACCAUCUUGAAACUGAUCGACUACGAGCAGUUCUGUGGUGCAGGGGCAACUGACAAGAAUCCAGACCUUCAUGUUCUGAGUGACUCCAGCAGGAUAAGUGCCAAGGAGUAUGCAUCAAUGUUAAACGAUCGAGUCCCUCAUGUUCUCCUGGAUGUCCGACCCGCUGUUGAGCUGGACAUAUGCAAGCUACCACAUCCUGCUCUGAACAUUCCGUUCCCACUCUUUAACAAAAAUAUUUCCCAGGUAGCGUCACAAAUAAUGCAGGUUGUUAACGACCAGUGCCAUUCCACAACUGAGCAGCCUGAUGGUUCAACCAUUCAGGUUGUUUGUGUGUGUCGGAGGGGCAACGACUCACAGCUGGCUGUGGAUCUGCUCCAGAAGAAACUCCUAUCUACUGGGGUUAACUUGGUGGACAUUCGAGGUGGCCUCUACAGCUGGACUAAACAGGUGGAUGCUGACUUUCCAACAUACUGA